CUGGAGGAGUUCUCCCUCUGUGGCGCGCGGGAGCCCUGUGACGCGUCAGCCGGCGGGACGGCUGAGUUGCUUCUCCGGGAAACCGUUCUCGCUUCCUCACGACCCUCUCCGCUCCCGCCUGGGUGCCCCUCGGGCCGGCAGUACUCCGCCUCCGGGCGCUCGAAGCGAGUUCCCGGGGGGCUGGUUCGCAGGCACCCCUUCCCCUCCGAGGCGGCGCGCGCGCUCCCGGCCCUGACCGCGGCCGGACACACUCGCGCCCCGGUCCGCCUGUCGCCCUCCCGCCUGCUCCCUCCAGUCACCCCACCCUUAGCUGUCCCCGCCACCUUACUCCACCACCCUCCCCCGCCUCUCCGCGCACUCCGCGUCCCGGCCUCCAGUUCCCCUUUCCCUUGAACCGCUCACUUCACAGCCCUUCGCCCCCGGGAAGAAGAAACAUUUCCCGAAGCGCACUCCUCAGCCCUCCUUCCCCACGCGCUCGCCCUCCCCUCCCCCUGCUCUUUCUUGGGGGAGGGGGGCUGUCGCCUUGGAUUGAAGGCCAUUGAUUUGUAUGUAUUUGUCCCAGCGCUGGAGGCUGCCCCAGCCGCCGCGCCGGUGCCGCCACUGCCAGUGGAGUUGCCUCCCCGCUUCCCUAGGGUGGUUCGGCUCCACCAAACAUGUCGGCUCCUGUCGGGCCCCGGGGCCGCCCGGCUCCCAUCCCGGCGGCCUCUCAGCCGCCGCUGCAGCCCGAGAUGCCUGACCUCAGCCACCUCACGGAGGAGGAGAGGAAAAUCAUCCUGGCCGUCAUGGAUAGGCAGAAGAAAGAAGAGGAGAAGGAGCAGUCCGUGCUCAAGGUCAAAGAAGAACACAAACCACAACUGACACAGUGGUUUCCCUUUAGUGGAAUCACUGAACUGGUAAAUAACGUUCUUCAGCCCCAGCAAAAACAACAAAAUGAAAAGGAGCCCCAGACAAAACUGCAUCAGCAGUUUGAAAUGUAUAAAGAGCAGGUAAAGAAGAUGGGAGAAGAAUCACAGCAACAGCAAGAACAGAAGGGUGAUGCGCCAACCUGUGGUAUCUGCCACAAAACAAAGUUUGCCGAUGGAUGUGGCCAUAACUGUUCAUAUUGCCAAACAAAGUUCUGUGCUCGUUGUGGAGGUCGAGUGUCAUUACGCUCAAACAAGGAGGACAAAGUGGUUAUGUGGGUAUGUAAUUUGUGCCGAAAACAACAAGAAAUCCUCACUAAAUCAGGAGCAUGGUUUUAUAAUAGUGGAUCUAAUACACCACAGCAACCUGAUCAAAAGGUUCUUCGAGGGCUAAGAAAUGAGGAGGCACCUCAGGAGAAGAAACCAAAACUACAUGAGCAGACCCAGUUCCAAGGACCCUCAGGUGACUUAUCUGUACCUGCAGUGGAGAAAAGUCGAUCUCAUGGGCUCACAAGACAGGAUUCUAUUAAAAAUGGGUCAGGCGUGAAGCAUCACAUUGCCAGUGACAUAGCUUCAGACAGGAAAAGAAGCCCAUCUGUGUCCAGAGAUCAGAAUAGAAGAUACGACCAAAGAGAAGAAAGAGAGGAAUAUUCACAGUAUGCUACUUCGGAUACCGCAAUGCCUAGAUCUCCAUCAGAUUAUGCUGAUAGGCGAUCUCAACAUGAACCUCAGUUUUAUGAAGACUCUGAUCAUUUAAGUUAUAGGGACUCCAACAGGAGAAGUCAUAGGCAUUCCAAAGAAUAUAUUGUAGAUGAUGAGGAUGUGGAAAGCAGAGAUGAAUACGAAAGGCAAAGGAGAGAGGAAGAGUACCAGUCACGCUACCGAAGUGAUCCGAAUUUGGCCCGUUAUCCAGUAAAGCCACAACCCUAUGAAGAACAAAUGCGGAUCCAUGCUGAAGUGUCCCGAGCACGGCAUGAGAGAAGGCAUAGUGAUGUUUCUUUGGCAAAUGCUGAUCUGGAAGAUUCCAGGAUUUCUAUGCUAAGGAUGGAUCGACCAUCAAGGCAAAGAUCUAUAUCAGAACGUAGAGCUGCCAUGGAAAAUCAGCGAUCUUAUUCAAUGGAAAGAACUCGAGAGGCUCAGGGACCAAGUUCUUAUGCACAAAGGACCACAAACCAUAGUCCUCCUACCCCCAGGAGGAGUCCACUACCCAUAGAUAGACCAGACUUGAGGCGUACUGACUCACUACGGAAACAGCACCACUUAGAUCCUAGCUCUGCUGUAAGAAAAACAAAACGGGAAAAAAUGGAAACAAUGUUAAGGAAUGAUUCUCUCAGUUCAGACCAGUCAGAGUCAGUGAGACCUCCACCACCAAAGCCUCAUAAAUCAAAGAAAGGCGGUAAAAUGCGCCAGGUUUCGUUGAGCAGUUCAGAGGAGGAAUUGGCUUCCACGCCUGAAUAUACAAGUUGUGAUGAUGUUGAGAUUGAAAGUGAGAGUGUAAGUGAAAAAGGGGACAGUCAAAAGGGAAAAAGAAAAACUAGUGAGCAGGCAGUUUUGUUGGACUCUAACACCAGGUCUGAGAGACAAAAGAAAAUGAUGUACUUUGGUGGCCACUCUUUGGAAGAGGAUUUGGAAUGGUCUGAACCUCAGAUUAAGGACUCUGGGGUAGAUACGUGUAGUAGCACAACCCUUAACGAGGAGCAUAGCCAUAGUGAUAAGCACCCUGUAACCUGGCAACCCUCUAAAGAUGGAGAUCGUUUAAUUGGUCGCAUUUUAUUAAAUAAGCGUCUAAAAGAUGGAAGUGUACCUCGAGAUUCAGGAGCAAUGCUUGGCUUGAAGGUUGUAGGAGGAAAGAUGACUGAAUCAGGUCGGCUUUGUGCAUUUAUUACUAAAGUAAAAAAAGGAAGUUUAGCUGAUACUGUAGGACAUCUUAGACCAGGUGAUGAAGUAUUAGAAUGGAAUGGAAGACUACUGCAAGGAGCCACAUUUGAGGAAGUAUACAACAUCAUUCUAGAAUCCAAACCUGAACCACAAGUAGAACUUGUAGUUUCAAGGCCUAUUGGAGAUAUACCGCGAGUACCUGAUAGCACACAUGCACAACUGGAGUCCAGUUCUAGCUCCUUUGAAUCUCAAAAAAUGGAUCGUCCUUCUAUUUCUGUUACCUCUCCCAUGAGUCCUGGAAUGUUGAGGGAUGUCCCACAGUUCUUAUCAGGACAACUUUCAAGCCAAAGCCUUAGUAGAAGAACAACGCCUUUUGUUCCUAGGGUUCAGAUAAAACUAUGGUUUGACAAGGUUGGUCACCAAUUAAUAGUUACAAUUUUGGGAGCAAAAGAUCUCCCUUCCAGGGAAGAUGGGAGGCCAAGGAAUCCUUAUGUUAAAAUUUACUUUCUUCCAGACAGAAGUGAUAAAAACAAGAGAAGAACUAAAACAGUAAAGAAAACAUUGGAACCCAAAUGGAACCAAACAUUCAUUUAUUCUCCAGUCCACCGAAGAGAAUUUCGGGAACGAAUGCUAGAGAUUACCCUUUGGGAUCAAGCUCGUGUUCGAGAGGAAGAAAGUGAAUUCUUAGGCGAGAUUUUAAUUGAAUUAGAAACAGCAUUAUUAGAUGAUGAGCCACAUUGGUACAAACUUCAGACGCAUGAUGUCUCUUCAUUGCCACUUCCCCACCCUUCUCCUUAUAUGCCACGAAGACAGCUCCAUGGAGAGAGCCCAACACGGAGGUUGCAAAGGUCAAAGAGAAUAAGUGAUAGUGAAGUCUCUGACUAUGACUGUGAUGAUGGAAUUGGUGUAGUAUCAGAUUAUCGACAUGAUGGUCGAGAUCUUCAAAGCUCAACAUUAUCAGUGCCAGAACAAGUAAUGUCAUCAAACCAUUGUUCACCAUCAGGGUCUCCUCAUCGAGUAGAUGUUAUAGGAAGGACUAGAUCAUGGUCACCCAGUGUCCCUCCUCCACAAGGUCGGAAUGUGGAACAGGGGCUUCGAGGGACCCGCACUACUACCGGACAUUAUAAUACAAUUAGCCGAAUGGAUAGACAUCGUGUCAUGGAUGACCAUUAUUCUCCAGAUAGAAACAGUCAUUUUCUUACUCUACCUCGCUCCAGAUACAGUCAGACCAUUGACCAUCAUCACAGGGAUGGCAGGGAUUGUGAAGCAGCAGAUAGACAGCCAUAUCACAGAUCCAGAUCAACAGAACAACGGCCUCUCCUUGAGCGGACCACCACCCGCUCCAGAUCCACUGAACGUCCUGAUACAAACCUCAUGAGGUCGAUGCCUUCAUUAAUGACUGGAAGAUCUGCCCCUCCUUCACCUGCCUUAUCGAGGUCUCAUCCUCGUACUGGGUCUGUCCAGACAAGCCCAUCAAGUACUCCAGUGGCAGGACGAAGGGGCCGACAGCUUCCACAGCUUCCACCAAAGGGAACGUUGGAUAGAAACAAUGGAGUCAAGGAGAUAGAACCUUAUGAAGAAGUUAAUGAAGAAACUGAGCAUGUGGAAGAGCAGGGGGAAGAAAAGCAGGGAGAAGAGGUCAAGGCAGAAGUUACAUGGGAAGACCAGCGGAAAAAGGUGAAUGGUACAAUAAGUGAUGACAAACCAUUGCCGAAAAAGAAACAGCAGUCUGAGACAGGAAAAUUGGUCCUGGAAAUUGAGACCCUAAAAGUCAUGAAAGAACUGGACUCUACAAGGAGAAGAUAUGCAGGUACUAUGGAUAUAGAGGAGAGAAAUCGCCAAAUGAAAAUUAACAAAUACAAACAGGUAGCCGGAUCAGAUCCCAGACUGGAACAAGAUUACCAUUUGAAGUAUCGAUCAGGAUGGGAUCCUCAUAGAGGGGCAGAUAAUGUUUCUACUAAAUCUUCGGACAGUGAUGUAAGUGAUAUAUCUGCGGUUUCAAGGACUAGUAGUGCUUCUCGUUUCAGCAGCACAAGCUACAUGUCUGUCCAGUCAGAACGCCCAGGAGGAAACAAGAAAAUCAGACCAAAGGGAAUAGAAGAGGGAGGGAAAGAAGGGGAUAAGCAUGAAGAGAUAGUUCAUGAGAAGGAAGAGGUAAAGGAAGAAAGAAUUAAUGAGAAUGAGAAAGGGAAAGAGAUUGCCAAAACGUGUAAUAAGGAGAAAAACAGAGAAUCAGGAGACGAGGAAAAAACACAAGAUAUACACGAGCAAGGGAAAGAAAAAGAACAGUGGAAUAAAGAGGAUUUGCAAAGGAGAUUCUCACAAGAUGAUACCAGUGUCUUUACAUCCAAAAUGCAAAGCAGACAAAUGGGCAUAUCAGGGAAGAACAUGACAAAAAGCACCAGCAUCAGUGGAGACAUGUGCUCACUGGAGAAGAAUGAUGGCAGCCAGUCUGACACUGCAGUGGGCACCUUGGGCACCAGUGGCAAAAAGCGGCGCUCUAGCCUUGGUGCCAAAAUGGUAGCUAUCGUUGGUCUGUCACGGAAAAGUCGCAGUGCUUCUCAGCUCAGCCAAACGGAAGCAGGAGGUAAAAAACUAAGGAGCACUGUCCAAAGAAGUACAGAAACAGGCCUGGCCGUGGAAAUGAGGAACUGGAUGACUCGACAGGCAAGCCGAGAGUCUACAGAUGGUAGCAUGAACAGCUACAGCUCAGAAGGAAAUCUGAUUUUCCCUGGUGUUCGCUUGGCCUCUGAUAGCCAGUUCAGUGAUUUCCUGGAUGGCCUUGGCCCUGCUCAGCUAGUGGGACGCCAGACUCUGGCAACACCUGCAAUGGGUGACAUUCAGGUAGGAAUGAUGGACAAAAAGGGACAGCUGGAGGUAGAAAUCAUCCGGGCCCGUGGCCUUGUUGUAAAACCAGGUUCCAAGACACUGCCAGCACCAUAUGUAAAAGUGUAUCUAUUAGAUAACGGAGUCUGCAUAGCCAAAAAGAAAACGAAAGUGGCAAGAAAAACGCUGGAACCCCUUUACCAGCAGCUAUUAUCUUUCGAAGAGAGUCCACAAGGAAAAGUUUUACAGAUCAUCGUCUGGGGAGAUUAUGGCCGCAUGGAUCACAAAUCUUUUAUGGGAGUGGCCCAGAUACUUUUAGAUGAACUAGAGCUAUCCAAUAUGGUGAUCGGAUGGUUCAAACUUUUCCCUCCUUCCUCCCUAGUAGAUCCAACCUUGGCCCCUCUGACAAGAAGAGCUUCCCAAUCAUCUCUGGAAAGUUCAACUGGACCUUCUUACUCUCGUUCAUAGCAGCUGUAAAAAAACUGUUGUCACAGCAACCAGCGUUACAAAAAAAAAAAAAAAAAUCACAGGUUGCAAACCCUGGUAACACUGCAUGCUUAAUGUUGUGUCUUCUGAGCCUGUUUCUAGGGAUACAAAGCAAUCCUGUGUUCUCAGAGGAAGUUGCACACAUUGUGCCCUAAAGAAGGCCCUCAGGUGAAAGAGCAGAGCUGUGAAGAACUAUCAGGUUUGGAAUUCAAUGACACUCGAGUUCUGGUCCAAUCUGAAGCCAUGGAUUAAUCUCAAAGAAUCAGUCAGUUUCGUGCAACAGAAGCCCUUUUCAAUGGCACCUUUAUAUUUUUAUCAUUCCUUUUUCUUCAUUUAACCCCAAAGCCCUGAUAUGCCACAGAAAUGGAGCUAUACAGCCAUGAAGCGGUGUUACAGGUGAGGAGUGAAAUCCUAGGAAGCAUCAGGUGAAAAGCAGGAGACCAAAGAAGUGGUCAGGAACAAUCAUCAGUCCUCCUCUGGGCGGGGAUCAGAGCAGUCAGUCCAGCAGGAAGAGUGGCAGACUCUGUAGCUCCAUGGGCACGUCAUUUACUAAUGCUAAGAUGUGUUGGACUCUGAAAAACAAAAUUCUGUGGCUACACUGUACUGAAUGAAAUUAAUGAAACUUUUUUUGCAUGGACACAGAUUAGCUGAAUACUUAAAUUAUUUUCUUGGGGCUGCAACUUGCAAAAAAAAAAAGAAUAAAAAUCAGCCAUUUUCAACAAUUUAUAUUAUUUUUAAAAAUAAAUUUCACUAGUGCAUGGUUUUAAAAAGGAGAGAGAAUGCAACAGGGUGAUACAAAGAUACACCAUGUUUAUUCUUUAAUCAUAGUCUGUGUUUUGGCAGACAUUACAAAUGGAAAUACUUUCUAGAAGAUACUUAAAAUUCUCUUUAUGUGACAAAUAAGUAUAAUAUAUUCAAUUUAUUUCCAUGUUAAAUAUACAAAUCUUAUGAAGUUCAAUAUGUGCAAAAUUUUCACAUCUUUCUCCUUCUCGCACUUUACCUCUUCUCCCUCUUUUAAACUUUUCUUUCUCCCUGCCAGAGUGAACCUUAUACUAAAAAAUUACAAGUUUUGAUCUGAUCCUCUCUCAUACCCCAUGUUUGAUUCAGAGCUGUAGAUGCCUCUGAAUUUGCGAAUUUCUCAAGGGAAAAUUAACAAGAUCUUUCUUUAUUUCAAGCAUGUUGAAAAGGAUUUUGCAACAUGACUUGGGAGUACAUUAAAGUAAGUCAGCAUGUAUUUGACAAAGAAGAUAUUUGAACUUUUGCAGUUUAUUGUACAGUGCAUGGUAAUUUUUUCACCUUUAAAAUUCAGUUUACAGGAAAAUUCUAAAAUCAUGUUGCCAUUGUGAUGUCCAAUAAAUUUGUUUUUAGCACCAGCAUUAUUCAUACAGGGGUUAAAGUAUUAUUUGUAGAAGGUCUUAGGUUUUGUUUGUUUUUUAAUCAUUUAAAGCAAUUUCUUUAGCCAGUUUCCAUUUACUAUGUGAAUAGAAGCACUGCUAAAAAUUGGGAACCCUGAAACACAGGGCUGUUUAUUAAUUCAUUUUUCUGUAGUAAAAUUCAAUUUUUCACAAAUUGUAUUUCUAAAGAAAUAUAGUAAACAUAAAUUUGCAACAAUUUUAAAGCUCCAGUUUUUAGGUGACUCAAAGAAAGUCAUUAUGCCUAUUAAUAGUUAUUUGAUGCCAUCACCAAAAGUCUAUGUGAAAAUCUCCUAAAGUCAAAACCCCUGCCUUUGGUUUUACAGACGGUUAUUACCAUUGGGUGGAGCUGCAAGGUCAAAUUUCUCCUAAGUUCCCCUAUUUAGAGGAAAAGUCACUGGUUAUUGUAAUAAACCACCCAUGGUUCUUUAUGUACAUUUUGAUAACACAUUAUUAUAGCUUGAUUUUAAUUUUUUGCGUUAAUUUUUGAAAUCCACAUACAUCUCAUUUGUUUAAAUUAAGGCCAUGCACAAAUAUUUUUUUUAGUUCAGUGCUGACCAUUAAAAACUAUCAUGCUUGAUACGGUGCAAAAGUUAAAAUGAGUAUCACUAAAAAUGCCUUCUUUUUAUGUGGUGCAAUAUGAAAUACACCAAGACUGUGUCUUGACAUUCUGAUGGACCCAGGUAAAGUUGUUAAAAGAACGAAUAAAACUUUAUUAAAAUAAUUUAGACACCUGUGUACCAGCAACAAUUGAUUUAAUAGACCUAUAGUGUCUAUACUAUCCCUUAGAAUAAAGGUUUAUGAUUUUCCUGAUACUAAGAUGCAGUCACAUAAUCUUUUGUGCAUAUUCCUAUACAAAUUAUUUCUAAUUUUAAUAAGAAGGACGUGACUACGGAAUAUUUGUACAUACUUGUCAUUAUGCAGUAUUUAUUUAAAAGUUGGUGUUUUUUUUUUUAAUUUUCACAUCUGCACCUCGACUUGUGGUUUAGUCAUGUAACUAGCACUAUGCCAGUGACCGUUGUUGCCCUGUACAUAGUAUGUUUGAAAAGUAAAGGGAAUUCCAGUUGGGAAAAAAGGGCAGAUUAGUCCUGUAAUGAACACCAACUAAUGUAAAUCAAAUUCAUUCUGGUGAUGGUAUUUAGCACUUUAAAUAAAACAUUUUCUUUACAGACGUC